AUGCCUAAAGCAUCCUCAGCGUACGGCUACCCCUCGACACGCCCCGCGAAACAAUCUGCGGCGUGGCUUCCCAUAUACCAAACGACCCACAAUUACCUUGUCCCAUAUUAUCUCUCGAGGCCGGUCGUCUCAAGCCGCGGUGACACGCUCCUAACGCUUGGAGACAGAGAGGGCUCCCCGCGCCUCGCUGAGACAUCUGCGCGCAACUUCCAAGAACGUUCUGACUAUACUUCCAAUGGUGUCCUGCCCAGUCAACCUCGGUGUUCAACUCACACGCAAGAGGUGGCCGACCAUCCUAAAGCCCAGUAUUGUCAUGAAAGGGACUACGUAUCCGCCCAGCUAGCGCGUGUGCCCCAAAGGACGUUCGAUCCGUGCUACGUUGUCCGGAAGAAGAAGCUUCAGAUGCACAUCGAACCGCGAGGCAUCACAAAGGCAGAUAUCGGUCGCGUGACGUUCGACUUACUCGGCAGAAAGCCGGGCACCGGUAUCAUGAUGUCUCUUCUUGAACGGAGCGACAUCGACACUUGGAUUGUGGACGGACUCAGGCCUCUAGAUUGGCGCGAUAUUCAAACGAGGUCAAGGAAACUACCGAACAGUAUCAGCUUGAGUAUCAAUUUUGCCACGCAAGAGAAACAGAGGUUCGAGAUCUGGGGAGCCGAAAUUGGCCUCGAAGACAUGUGGCUCGUUUCCCUGUAUCAGAUGUCAGGAAGGGUUUGGUUUGCAGAGAUCUGCGUUCCGGCAUACAUUCACUAA